CAGUACCCACAACAAUACAGUCCAGCUACGUCUACACAGCGAGGAGCGGCGCCACGUGACGGGAAAGACCACGUGACGUGCAUACGUUAGACCGUCCUCAUGCAGGAGUUGAGCUAUGUUUUAGUUACACCUGGUCUUCGGAACAAUGGCGGAAGAGCGGACUACGAGGGGCUGGUGGGGCACUGUCCUGUCCUGGCUGCCUGACGUGCACCUCACCACAGGCUCUGUCCUCACUAUAGUGCUGUCCCUGGCGAUAUCUGUCCCCGGACUGACCCGGGAGGCGGCUGCUGGAUGGGACCUGGACGCUGGAGUGCUGGGCAGCGCCUCAUGUAUGACCUCCUCUACCAGGGACAACUACCGGGUGAUAGCGUGUCAGGGAUUGAUCACGUACAUUUAUUUCCAUGAGGAUCUUCCAACGCUAGUCUGCAGUUGUUUGUUAGUCUGGUACUUUGGUGGCGGCUUUGAAGAGAGUGUUGGCACAGUGAAGUUCUGCUUACUCACUCCUCUGUUUGCUGUAUGGAGUGGACUCCUUUACCUGGUUGUUAUUGCCACAGGCAUUAGCCUUCAGAAGGAUGUGAAAGUCCAAGGAUUUACACCUGUUGCCUUUUCAAUGAUCAGCGUCUUCACAAUACGCACCAACCUGAGAAGACUGAUAUUUUUUGGGUUCAUGGUGCCUACAAAGGCGAUUCCACUGUUAUUUCUAAUCCCUGCCCUCUUUAUACCACAUGCCACCAUCCUUAGCAACAUAUGUGCUAUUCUAGUGGGAGUUACCUUUGGUAUGGGUGGUUGUUUCUUCUUAGACCUCUCAGAAUUAUUAUUAACACGAGUGGAUCAGAUGGUGCCAUUCAAGGCAUUAAAAAGGAUCCCAAUUUGGAGAUACAUCCCUGCAAGUUCAGUAGAAAGGAAUGCCUCUCAAACCAGACAGCUCAAUCCACCUCCUGGAUCAUACCCAGUCCAGCAGUAUUAUACUCCACCUCAAGGCCUCCCUGAUGUCUACUCUCCAUAUCAUCACAUGAAGUCAUCUGAGACAUGGCCUCCUGCAAGUGCCUCAGUGUAUCCAACAGGAGCAGCUUCUGGGCAACCAUACAGCUAUAACCCCACAGGAGAACACGCACAUAGUCAUAAUGUUAAUUAUUCUUUAGCACGUACAGAUUUCCACUCCCCAGAAGACCUCAGUAUCUCUUCUGAUCAGCCAGAACUACUACAGGUCCAGACUCGGUAAAAUGAUGGUGGGGAAGAUUCAUCAAAACUGGCAGAGGAAAAGUUGACCAGU